AUGGAGGAAUUCCUCACAAAGCUGAAGAAAAUAUCUGAGCAGUACAACAACCUGCUACUGGAAAAAAAGAUCAUCGACAAGCGGAUCGCACACAUCGGAGAAAAUAUACGCAAGUAUGAAGAGACCAGGGACAAAUCCAUGAAGGACGUGGAGUUGAAAAAAAACCAGCUGUUAAAAAACAGAAAUAAACACAUAAUCAUGUGUCAGAAAAUGGAACAGCUAAAUGGAAAACUCAACGAAAUACUCAUAAGAAAGCAAAGCAUAGAUGAUGAUGAAGAGAAAAAAGUGAUAAAAAAACAAAUCGACACAGUUAACAAUACAUAUGUUUUGUUGAAGCAUGUGCAAAAUUUAAAUGAUGCAAUGCUUAAGGGGGAAGAUAAUCGUUACUAUAAAAUAAUUACAGAAAAUAUACACAGCAAAAGCUUCAGUAAUAAGAAAACGCUGAAUAUACUGAACAGCUUCCUGCGUAAAAGUCGGGCCAACAUCCAGGAGAGGGACAGCAACGGGGGAAAAUCCUCCCCAAAUUUAUCCGAAAAUUCAUCGGAAAAAUAUUUUAAAAUCAUUCAAACGAAUGACAUUGUCCAAAAGCUGUUAACCCUUUUUUCGGGAGAUCACACCACCCUCACGAUCGAUAAGCAGCAAUUCCUGUUUGUUCUUCUUAUGAAUAUUCUUCGUGCAAUCGCUUUCAGCAGGGAAGGGGUCAUUCCCCCUGAUGAAUGCAAAACCAGGAAUCACGUGAUUUACAAUUUUUUGCACAACAAUUAUAUACUUCACUUGUGA